GGCGGCGGGUCGGCCCGGCGACGGCGACGGCGCGGCGUCCGCGGCGCCCGCGGCGUCGGCGUCGGCGUCGACGUCGAGCAGCGCGUGGGCGUCGCCGCACGACGCGUCGUCGCUGCCGACGUCGUACUUUAACGACGCCGCCGGCGAGGACGGCGGCGCGGACGACGAGAUCUUCCUCGCGCCGCCGACGACGGCGAGCUUGAAAGACGUCCUCCCGUACCUCUACCGCGUCUCCGUCGCGCAGCGCGGCACCGCGGCGCGGCUCGCGGUCGCGGUCGCGUUCAUGAUGAUUCAGAAGUCCACCGGCCUCGCCGUCCCGAUCUGCUUCAAGCUCGCCGUCGAUCACCUCACGACCGCGGCGGUCCACGCGACGCCCGCCGCGUCGCUCGGCGCGCUCCCCGACGCGGUGACCGCGUCGUUAACCGCGGCGGCGUACGCUCUGAUCGCGAGCGGCGCGUUCAAGGCGAUCAGCGGUCUCGCCACGGAGCUUCGGUCCGUCGCGUUCACGCCGGUGGCGCAGGCGGCGGGUCGCCGCGUCGCGUUGCACGUGUUCAACCACGUCCUUAACCUCGAUUUGAGCUUCCACCUCGAUCGGCGGACGGGCGCGCUGCAGCGUAUAAUCGAUCGCGGGACGCGGUCGAUCACGAUGGUGUUCCGAGCGGUCGUGUUUACGUUUCUGCCCACCGCGAUGGAGUUGGUUUUGGUGUGCGCGCUGCUCUGGAAAGCGUUCAGUUGGCACGUCGUCGCCGCGGUGCUGUCCACGUUUAUCCUCUACGUCGGGUGGACCGUGCGCAUGACGGGCGUGAGCGCGGAGUUACGUAAAAUCGCCAACGAGAUGGACGGCGUCACCACGGGCAAAGCCGUGGACGCGCUACUCAACUACGAGACCGUCAGCGUGUUCGGAAACGUCAAGCUCGAGAGCGGGCAAUACGACGGAUUACUGCGGUCGUAUCACGAAGCCGCGUUGGGUUCGGAGCGCGCGUCGUCCGCGCUGAACGCGGGGCAGGCGGUCAUCCUCGCGAUCGGGAUGACCGGCGUGCUGACGUGCGCGGCGUUGGGCGUGGGGCGAGGCGGGUUGGAGUACGUCGGGCCGAUCUCGGGGCGGGUCGGGGACUUGGGCGCGUUCUAUCUCACACUGCUGUGGGCGCCGUUGCAGUUUCUCGGUUUCUUCUACCGCGAGCUGCGGCAAUCGCUCGUGGACAUGGAGGCGAUGUUCGAGGGACUGGAAGAUGGAACGUCAACCGGCGCGACCGCCGCCGAAUUCGGAUCCGAAUCCGAAUCCGAAUCCGCGGUAUCCGCGGGCGCGGCGGUGUCCCUGAAGAACGUCUCCUUCGGGUACUCGCCCAACCGGAUGGUCGUAAACGAUGUCACGCUGGACAUCGCGCCCGGACAGUCCGUCGGCAUCGUCGGCCCGAGCGGCAGCGGCAAGUCGACGCUGCUGCGGCUCCUGCUCCGAAUGUACGACGUCACCGCCGGCUCCGUCAGCGUCGACGGCGUCGACGUCCGAGGCGCGUUCUACAUAUAUCACACUGAGUUGAAACAGUCGUCGCUGCGCUCGAGGGUCGCCGUCGUGCCGCAAGACACCGUCCUGUUCAACGACUCGCUGCUCCAUAACCUGCGGUACGGACGCGCCGACGCGAGCGUCGAGGAGGUGCUCGAGGCGGCGACGUGCGCGCGGCUGGACGCCACGCUCGCGCUGAUGCCCGACGGGUUAGACACGAUGGUGGGCGAGAGAGGCGUCAAGCUCAGCGGCGGGGAAAAGCAACGCGUCGCCAUCGCGCGCGCGUUUCUGCGGCAGCCGCGGCUUCUUCUCGCGGACGAGGCGACGUCCGCGCUGGACACCGCGACGGAGAUUGGCAUCCUGCAGAGCCUGCAGGAGGUGGCGAGCGGACGCACCGCGGUGUUCGUCGCGCAUCGACUGAGCACGGUUCGGAGCUGCGACGUCGUCGUGGUGAUGGAGAACGGGAAAAUCGUCGAGUCGGGCUCGCACGCGGAGUUGAUGCGAGGGAAAGGCACGGGGACGAAAGCGGGGAUGUACGCGUCCAUGUGGGCGUCGCAGCAGGCGGAGAUCGAGAUCGGCAGAGUGGGCGAAGACGCGAAGACGAACGUGGGGGUGUUUUCCGAGAUCGAGACGUGAACGCGACGUCGCGCCGCCGCCUUACUAAGUUGUCGUUACAUUUCUCUAGCUAGAGCCUAAGUUAUUUAUUUACUGUUGAACCUACCC